AUGCCAGGUAGAUUUGCGACAUCGUGUUUGAAGGCAAACCGACGGCGCAGAAAUACACCAUAUUUUACGAGAUUCACGAUAUGGGUAGAAAGAAAACGUGAUCUUAUAAACUGUACGAGCAAAAUGCGUCGCCAUAGCAUAUGCGUUUUGGGCAUCGAAGACCUUCAUAUGCUAUCAAGCAGACAUGAACUUGUAGCGAACAAGAUCCUUCCAUAUUUCGACUACGCUAUAGUUGACUGUGUCCAUGAACUGCUCUUUAAUAGAACACAUCUCGGACAAGUUGAUCACGAGUUGGAUUUCAAGCGAUAUGACAGAAAAUGUAACGAUUCAUCACCAGCAGCAACCGAGUUCUGA